CAUCUUGUUCGCCCUGUUGCGGCCGGACAGCGGUGCUUCAUUCACGCACAAACCCGCAUCCGUUUAGCGAUAACAGCGACACAGAGCGCGCGGACCGAGAGAGACGCACGGGGUGGAAAUGUAACCGGAAACGCGUGUAAAGACGUGAAGAGCUCGAGGCUGUGCUGAAUUAAGGCGCGAAGAAAAGCGGAAACGGAGCGAGUUUUAAUCAUGAAUCAGGACUAAAUCAUCAUUUACACCAGAACCAGAACCAGAACCAGAACCAACAGAGCACCUCGCGCGCGCGCCAUGGCUGUCGGAGAAAUGAAGCUCCUGAAGCUGCUUCUGCUGCUCUGUGUCCUCGCUCUGUGGAUAGACGGAGGAUUCGCCAAAGAAAAAUCAGCGAAGAAGGGCAAGAAGAAGGGCAAACAGGUCUACUGCCCAUCGCAGCUCUCCUCAGAAGACCUCGCCCGGGUUCCUGCUAACUCCACGAGCAACAUCCUAAACCGUCUCCUGGUCAGCUACGACCCGAGAAUCCGCCCUAACUUCAAGGGAACGCCUGUGGAGGAUCGUGUCAACAUCUUCAUCAACAGCUUCGGCUCCAUCCAGGAAACCACCAUGGAUUAUCGAGUGAACAUUUUCCUGCGUCAGCGCUGGAACGAUCCUCGUCUCCGUCUUCCUCAAGAUUUUAAAUCCGAUUCUCUGACCGUCGACCCGAAGAUGUUUAAGUGUUUGUGGAAACCCGAUCUGUUCUUCGCCAACGAGAAGAGCGCCAACUUCCACGACGUCACGCAGGAGAACAUCCUGCUCUUCAUCUUCAGGAACGGAGACGUCCUCAUCAGCAUGAGGUUAUCAGUGACUCUCUCGUGUCCUCUCGACCUGACGCUUUUCCCCAUGGACACUCAGAGAUGCAAGAUGCAGCUGGAGAGCUUCGGCUACACCACAGACGACCUGCAGUUCAUGUGGCAGUCUGGAGAUCCAGUACAGAUGGAUGAAAUCGCUCUGCCUCAGUUUGAUAUCAGGCAGGAGGACAUCGAGUACGGAAACUGCACCAAAUAUUACGCAGGAACCGGUUACUACACGUGUGUGGAGGUGAUCUUCACCCUCAGGAGGCAGGUGGGCUUCUACAUGAUGGGCGUGUACGCUCCUACGCUGCUCAUCGUCGUCCUCUCCUGGCUCUCCUUCUGGAUAAAUCCGGAUGCCAGCGCCGCUCGAGUCCCUCUGGGGAUCCUGUCGGUUCUGUCGCUGUCGUCAGAGUGCACCUCUCUGGCCUCCGAGCUGCCCAAGGUGUCGUACGUGAAGGCCAUCGAUAUCUGGCUGAUCGCGUGUCUGCUGUUCGGCUUCGCCUCGCUGGUGGAGUACGCCGUGGUGCAGGUGAUGCUCAACAGCCCCAAACUGCUCGAGGCUGAGAAGGCCAAGAUCGCGAGCCGAGAGAAAGCGGAGAGUCGAGUGACCACUAAACUGAACAGUCUGAAUGGAGCCGGAGGAACGCCACUACACAUCAGCACUCUACAGGUGACAGAGACGCGCUGUAAGAAGGUUUGCACGUCGAAGUCUGAUCUUCGCUCGAGUGACUUCAGCAUCGUCGGUUCUCUGCCGCGGGACUUCGAGCUCUCGAACUUUGACUGCUACGGGAAGCCGAUCGACGUCGGAAACACGGCGGGAAAAACGCAGGCCAAAAACAACAAGAAACCUCCUCCGGCCAAACCCGUCAUCCCAUCAGCCGCCAAACGCAUCGACCUUUACUCACGCGCCAUCUUCCCCUUCUCCUUCCUCUUCUUCAACAUCAUCUACUGGUCUGUGUACCUGUAACCCUCCUCCAUCCCUCCAUCCCUCCAUCCGCCACUCGUCUCCAUCUGUCUGUCUCGAACCUCAGGCAUCAAACAGAACAGUUCAACACUCACACACACACACGCACACACACACACACACACACUCGUGUACAGAGACGAUGGGAAAAGAGCGCUUAGGGAAUAUUACACUAAUAUUAUAAUCAUGAUGUUAGAGUUAUUUUAAUGUAAAUACGCGAAGACAUUUUUAUUUCUCAUAAAUGAUGGUAUUUAUUUAUUUAAUUUAUUAAUUAUUAUUAAUUUAUGCUAAUCUAUUUAAUGUCUGCACAGUUAUUAUGGAAAAGCAAUUAAUAUCCCGCAUGUGCUAAAUGUAUGAUAUAAAUAUUAAUAUAAUGAUAUAUUUAUGCUUCUGAUGUUUAUUUUUGGAUCUCAGUUGAUGAUGAUGAUGAUGAUGAUGAGGAGGAGGAGGAUUGUGAUGAUAAUAAUGAUAAUGAUAAUGAUGAUGAUGAUAACAAUGAUGAUGAUGAUGAGGAUUGUGAUGAUAAUAACGAUAAUAAUGAUAAUAAUGAUGAUGAUGAUGAGGAUAGUGAUGAUGAUGAUGAUGAUGAUGAGCUUGUUGGUCUUGUACAGAAGAACACUGCCAUACUGAACUGUAUCGUUUGAUGAUCUUUCGGCAUUCAUGUGUGUAAAAGCUCCAGCGCCUGCUGUGAUUGUGAAAAUUUAUCCAACAAUAAAAUUAACAGGACCAACGGCUUUGCCGGCCGCA